AGAAGAUCUUAAUCUCCCACUACUACUUACUUUCUCUCGUCUCUCCCCUGUUUCAGACGUGGUGAGAGCGUGAGAGAAUCCUUCUUCACUUUCAUCACUUCAUCUCAUCUCAUUUCAUUUGAGGAGGAGAGAGAAAGUUAAACCCUUUAAACAUGGCGCCGCCGGCAAUCGCAGGCGGUGGUGCAGCAGCGCAACAACCACAACAAAGGCAGGGUUUUGGACAAUCGAUAUCUGGAGUUAUAAGAAUGGCGGUUUUUUGGUAUUUUGCAUCAAAGUUCUUCUUUUCCCCUAAAAAAACCGCUGACCCAGCUCUUCUUAUGUCUAAUCUCUUCCAAAAGGGCGAGCCUCUGGAUAUGUGGUUGUAUCUUUCUGAGCAUGAAAAAUUUAAAGAUUUUGGGAAUGAAAAGGCACUCAUCUGGCAUGAGACUAACAUCCCUUAUGCAGUUUGGAAACCAGAGAGUACUAGGACCAUAUCCUUAAAGCAUCAGCCUUCUGAGGCUUUAAAGCAUAACGGAACUCUUUACACCCAUGUAUUUUUUGCUCGAUCUGGAUUUUCACCAGAUCCAAAUGAUCCCGAGUACCAACCGUUGGCUGCCUUUGGUCGAAGCAAGCCUAUUGUGACAUUUUUGCCCAAGUCUAAAACUGACAAAAGAAAAUCCUUACUUGGAGACAGCAAAAGCUCUUCCGAAGACAAAACAAUGUCAAAGGUGGAAGAAGAGUCACAGGCAGAAUCUAAAGAUGAAGGUCCCCCUGUAUGGAUUUCUUAUUGGAAGCCCAAUGUGACAAUCAAUUUGGUAGAUGAUUACACCAGGUAUUCAGCUAAUGCGGUUCCUCCAAACAUUGUUCCUCAUCUAAAUGUUGAGCCAAAAACAGGGAAUUAUUUUCCUACCAUAUUCUUCAAUGAGUUUUGGCUACUUAGAGAUAAGUUGAUAGCACUAAAUGAGACAGUGACUGAACUGCCAUUGCACUUGGAGGUGGGCCCUAUGAGCAUGACCAAGUGGCAACUAUUCCUGCAGAUUGACGAGUCAUUCCAGAUUCAUCGUUCUUAUGGAAGUAUGCUUGAAGGCGAGGCUGAUGAGCUUAAGAGGGUAUUUUUAGAAGGGAACCCUUACCUUCUUGGUAUCACAAUGAUGGUCUCACUUCUUCAUUCCGUGUUUGACUUUUUGGCCUUCAAGAAUGAUAUUCAAUUCUGGAACAAGAACAAGUCAAUGGAGGGGUUAUCAGCCAAGUCAGUUGUUGUCAGCUUUAUCUCUCAGCUGAUUGUUUUCCUCUAUCUCCUGGAUAAUGAUACCUCAUGGAUGAUUAUUAUGAGCUCUGGAGUUGGUUGUUGCAUCGAGUUUUGGAAGAUAGGGAAAGCAAUGCACAUAGAGGUUGAUAGAUCUGGUAGGAUUCCAUUACUAAGGUUUAAAGACCGGGAUUCUUAUAAAAUGAACAAGACAAAGGAGUACGAUGACAUCGCGAUGAAAUAUUUGUCAUAUCUUCUGUUCUUCCUUGUUGUGUGCUCAUCUAUUUACUCUCUGAAGUAUGAACGCCACAAAAGUUGGUACUCAUGGAUUCUUUCUUCGAUGACACAAUGUGUCUAUAUGUUCGGCUUCAUAAUGAUGUGUCCCCAACUGUUCAUAAACUACAAGCUGAAGUCUGUGGCUCACUUACCCUGGCGCCAAAUGACUUACAAGUUCUUGAACACCAUCAUUGACGAUCUCUUUGCCUUCGUAAUCAAGAUGCCCAUACUUCAUCGGCUUUCCGUUUUUCGUGAUGAUGUCAUAUUUUUGAUAUACCUUUACCAAAGAUGGGUAUACCCGGUUGACAAAAAACGAGUGAACGAAUUCGGUUUUGGCGGCGAGGAUGAGGUUCAGUCCUCCGAGGCCAUUGAAGCAACAAAAGAGGGUCAGUCCUCCGAGGCCAUCGAAGCAACAAAGGAGGAGAAGAAAACCAAGUGAUCAAACUGUUUUCAGUUUUGGAAAUAUGUGAAGCAACAAAGGAGGAGAAGAAAACCAAGUGAUCACUUUUUUAAUCAGUUUUGAGAAUCUUUAUACCAACAUCUUCUUUUUCUUUCCUUUAUUUUCCAACUGUAAAGUGCCAGUUAGUAUGAAUUUGUGUCACUUCAGUUUUUUGUUUUGUUUGCUCCAUAUAAUGCUAAUCUUUAUUUCAUUAUUUGCUGUAGCUAGAAAUAGGUUGCUUAGUUAGUAAGGAGAUGACCUAUUAGUUACUUUUGAAGUUUAAUCAUUAUUGCUUUUAACACUAGUGAAGAAUUUUGAAUGCAUAAAGCAGGGCAUAGAGCUUUCGUUUAUCCGACAAUGAAAAUCCUCUAUCUGCAUGAUUUUAUCUCGA